GGAUUAUUUUGGAAGUCACUUCCUGUUUCACCAUACUUGCAAUGGAUUACCGGUAAAACAAGAUGUAUUUGUACAACUUAACCCUGCAGAGAUCCACUGGGAUCUCUUCAGCGAUCCAUGGCAACUUCUCGGGCUCGAAGCUGCAGGAGGUGGUCGUGUCGCGGGGCAAGAUGCUGGAGCUCUUGCGUCAUGACCCCAACACUGGCAAGAUCUAUCCAAUCCUAUCUGUAGAGGUGUUUGGUAUGAUACGAUCACUGAUGCCCUUCAGACUCACAGGAGGAAACAAAGAUUAUAUUGUCGUUGGAUCCGACUCUGGCAGAAUUGUCAUUUUGGAGUACAUACCUCAAAAGAAUAUGUUUGAAAAGGUUCACCAGGAGACAUUUGGAAAGAGUGGUUGUCGUAGAAUUGUGCCUGGACAGUACAUGGCUGUAGACCCCAAAGGCAGGGCUGUUAUGAUAGGCGCUGUAGAGAAACAGAAGCUUGUGUACAUUUUGAACAGAGAUGCCCAGGCACGUCUCACAAUCUCCUCUCCUCUAGAGGCACACAAGGCCAACACACUAGUCUACCACAUGGUCGGGGUGGAUGUCGGCUUUGAAAACCCCACAUUUGCCUGUCUUGAAAUUGAUUAUGAGGAUGCUGACACCGACCCUACAGGAGAGGCAGGACAACAGACACAGCAGUGGCUUACAUAUUAUGAACUUGAUCUUGGACUCAAUCAUGUCGUCCGCAAAUACUCUGAACAUUUGGAAGAGCAUGCUAACUUCUUAGUGUCCGUGCCUGGUGGUAGUGAUGGUCCAAGUGGUGUACUCAUCUGCUCGGAGAACUACAUCACCUACAAAAACUUAGGUGACCAGCCAGAUAUCAGGUGCCCCAUUCCUCGUAGGAGGAAUGAUUUGGAUGAUCCAGAGAGAGGCAUGAUUUUUGUCUGCAGUGCAACUCACAAAACAAAAUCCAUGUUUUUCUUCCUGGCACAAACAGAACAGGGAGAUAUUUUCAAAAUAACACUGGAGGUUGAUGAUGAAAUGGUGGUGGAGAUUCACAUGAAGUAUUUUGACACUGUGCCAAUAUCUGCCAGUAUGUGCGUUCUCAAGUCAGGCUUCCUGUUUGUUGCCUCCGAGUUUGGAAACCACCACCUGUAUCAGAUUGCUCAGCUGGGGGACGAUGACGAGGAACCCCGUUUCAGUAGUAACCAGCCAUUAGAGGAGGGAGAGACCUUCUUUUUCUCCCCAAGGCCACUCAAAAAUCUUGUCAUGGUAGACGAAAUGGACAGUCUGUCUCCGAUCACUUCAUGUCAGAUUGCUGAUUUGGCCAAUGAAGAUACACCCCAGCUGUACACACUAUGUGGGCGUGGUUCACGCUCUACCCUUAGAGUUUUACGGCAUGGACUUGAGGUAUCUGAGAUGGCUGUGUCCGAGUUGCCCGGUAACCCAAAUGCUGUGUGGACAGUCAAGAAAAAUAUAGAGGACGAGUUUGAUGCUUACAUCAUCGUGUCCUUCGUGAACGCCACACUGGUCCUGUCUAUUGGGGAGACAGUUGAGGAAGUGACUGACUCUGGCUUCCUGGGAACCACUCCCACCAUUUCCUGUUCACAGCUUGGAGACGACGCCUUGGUACAGAUAUAUCCGGAUGGUAUCCGUCAUAUCCGUUCAGAUAAGCGUGUCAACGAAUGGAAGACUCCAGGCAAGAAAAACAUCGUCAAAUGUGCUGUGAAUCAGAGACAGGUGGUCAUUGCUCUUACUGGUGGAGAGUUGGUCUACUUUGAAAUGGACCCAACUGGCCAGCUCAAUGAGUAUACGGAGAGAAAGGACAUGUCCUCAGAUGUUGUGUGUAUGGCUUUAGGUCGUGUACCAGUUGGAGAACAGCGCUGCCGAUUUUUGGCUGUGGGACUGGCUGACAACACUGUGCGAGUUGUAUCUUUAGACCCAACAGACUGCCUGUCCCCACUCAGCAUGCAGGCCAUGCCAGAGCCCCCAGAGUCACUUUGUAUAGUAGAGAUGGGAGGUACCGAGGCUAAGGAGGAAACAGGAGAAACUGGCUCAGUUGGGGGUCUCUUCCUCAACAUCGGUUUACAGAACGGUGUGUUACUGCGGACUGUGUUGGACACAGUGACUGGUGAUCUGUCGGACACUAGGACCAGAUACCUUGGUCUGCGACCAGUCAAACUCUUCAGAAUAAGCAUGCAAGGCUCAGAGGCUGUACUGGCUAUGUCAAGUAGAUCAUGGCUCAGCUACACAUACCAGAACCGAUUCCAUCUGACGCCGCUCUCCUACGAGACACUGGAAUAUGCCUCUGGAUUUGCCUCAGAACAGUGUCCAGAGGGCAUUGUUGCCAUUUCCACAAACACACUCAGGAUUUUAGCCCUGGAGAAGCUGGGAGCCGUGUUCAAUCAAGUGUCUUAUCCCCUACAGUACACACCACGCAAGUUUGUCAUUCAUCCUGAGUCCAGCAACCUUGUAAUUAUAGAGACGGACCACAACGCCUACACAGAAGCCACCAAGAUGGAGAGGAAGCAGCAGAUGGCUGAGGAGAUGGUUGAGUCUGUAAAUGAGGAACAGCGAGAGAUGGCAGCAGAAAUGGCAGCAGCCUUCCUCAAUGAGGAACUGCCAGAGACUAUAUUUGGCUCGCCCAAGGCAGGGUCAGGCAUGUGGGCGUCGCUCAUAAGAGUCAUCAAUCCAAUCACAGGGCAGACACUGGACAAGGUCCAGCUGGAACAGAACGAGGCUGCUCACAGCAUUGCCCUGGUGAAAUUUGCGAGUCGAGGAGAUGAUAUUUUUGUGUUGGUGGGUGUGGUUAAAGACUUGGUCCUAAAUCCCCGCUCUUUGGGUGGUGGCUAUGUGUACACUUAUCAACUAAGAGAUGGUGAGAAACUGGAAUUCCUCCACAAAACAUCCAUGGAGGACAUGCCUGGGGCUAUCGCCUCUUUCCAAGGCAGGGCACUCAUUGGUGUUGGAAAAUACCUGCGUAUCUAUGACAUCGGCAAGAAAAAAUUACUCAGGAAAUGUGAAAACAAGCAUGUGCCAAACUUUAUUGUUAGUAUUCACACGCUUGGUAACCGUGUAGUGGUAGCCGAUGUGCAAGAGAGCUUCCACUUUGUGCGAUACAAGCGCCAGGAAAACCAGUUAAUUGUAUUCGCUGAUGACACCAAUCCUCGAUGGAUUACAGCAUCUUGCAUGCUGGACUACAACACAGUCAGCGGGGCAGACAAAUUUGGCAACAUUACAAUUAUCCGGCUGCCGACUGAUAUCAGUGAUGAGGUGGAUGAGGAUCCUACUGGAAAUAAAGCCUUGUGGGACAGAGGAGUGCUCAAUGGGGCAUCACAAAAGACAGAAAUAGUGUCCAACUUUCACAUUGGUGAGGUGGUAACGUCCCUACAAAAGGCAACCCUCAUCCCUGGAGGUUCAGAGUCUCUGGUCUACACCACAUUGUCUGGUGGCAUCGGCAUGCUGGUACCCUUCACAUCACAUGAGGACCAUGACUUUUUCCAACAUUUAGAGAUGUACAUGAGAUCUGAACACCCUCCACUGUGUGGCCGUGACCACUUGUCCUUCCGCUCCUACUAUUUCCCAGUGAAGAAUGUGAUAGAUGGUGAUGUGUGCGAGAUGUUCAACUCCAUAGAUAUCUCAAAGCAAAAGGCCUUGUCAGAGGAGCUUGACCGAACACCAAGUGAGGUUUCAAAGAAAUUAGAAGACAUCAGAACCAGAUAUGCCUUCUAAGAGAACGACUGACGCAGACAUUAAUUUAUAAAGUGUUUAACUUGCUGUGGAUACAGUGUCCUACAUACCCAUUGUGUGGAAAAUGAGAGAUCAGCGUUCUGAUAUAGGUGCUACCUGUACAGAUCCAACGUUGGUUUCAGGCAUCCUGUAUCAUUACCACUAGGCCUGUAUUUAAGGACAUUGCCAGGUGAAAACAGACAUGGAGUAUAAUGGUGUGACUAGACAAAUAUUUCACUGUUAAGAAAUGAAAAUAUCUUGUCCAUAACAUUCAAAGGAAGGAAAAUCUUCCGUACAAAAACGAUUCAAAUCUAAUGGAUUUACAAAUAUAUAUUAAUGUAUUGCGUAAAUCUGUGUGCAUUAACUAUAAAGGGGCAAUGGUGCAGACUGUUGCAGUGUUGUGGACUUGACUUUGGUAAUGUGCCAUGGUAACGCCAUAGUAAACAACAUUUACUGGACUUACGUCACUGCCUGUACUUUUUGUGGUAAUAUAAUGUUCCCACAAACGAGAACAAAUGUGGCGUUUGUUACUUGGAACUUCAAGUGUUAUUCCUCAUUCAACACAUUUUAAAGUGAUAUACUGUACAAGGUGGGGAAAAUGUACAUAGAUUUCAUUGACAUUUGCAGAAGAGAGACAUUUUUUUGGCGAUUAGAGACUUCAUUUUCAUAAUCCAUCAACAGCAUUUGAGUUGUUGUGUGAUGAGCGGUGAGAGGCAUAAGUGAGACAGUUUGUGUAUGGAAGAUGUGCUUGUAUGUGUACAGAUAUUUUGACCUGUUGAACAAUUUCAUUUAUAUUCAUAGAAUCAUUCAUGUGCUUUACAAAGAGAUUCAGAAUUUUUUGUUGUGGAUACUGUUCUACAAAUCAUCAAUAAAAUUGAAAGGAAA